CAAUUCCCUUGAGUGCUAGAGAAGUGACGCAGUAAAAUUGUUGUCGUUUGGGUGUUCCUUUUUUGUUUGAAAAUUUUCGAAUAGAAUCUGUUUGCAUCCUACGUGUAUUUGUGUCUUUUUCGUCGUUGUUUGUAAGUAUUCCUAGAGUUUAAAGUUUCGUCUACGUUUCUGUCGCUGUUUCGAAACGUUUAGAAGCGAAAUAAAGGUAGAAAUAUGGAUUUAAAGAUCGCCGUAGUUUGUUCAAGCAAUCAAAACAGAAGCAUGGAAGCUCACAAAUUUUUGAGGUAAAAAUCGCCAAAAUUGUUUAUAUAUCGCCAAAAUUGUUUAUAUUUUAACUCUGUAUAUAGUUUAUUUCACCUAGAACAAGUUUUGAAUUAGUAUUUGGUUUUAUUUUGUAGUAAAAAAGGGUUUAAUGUGAAGUCUUAUGGAUCUGGCAAUCAAGUGAAGCUUCCCGGGGCAUCGCCAACUCAACCGAAUGUUUAUUCGUUUCACACAACCUAUGAUGAAAUGUACAAAGACCUUUUGCGUAAAGACAGACAACUGUAUCCAUAUAUUCUGGAUGUUUCAUGAUUUCAUCUUCAUUUUGCGAAUAUUUAUGGUAUAUUUUUCUCCCCAAGUCAAGUCGGCUAGGGGCUUUUUGUGUUUGUGCCUUUGUUCUAUUUUGUAGCCGUUUUUUGCUUCCUUGCUCGUUUUCUUCUUUCACAAUUGUGGUUUCCCUAUAACAAAGAGUGGUUCCCUAAGCUUCAUAGUUAUUUUUUCGGUAAUAUUAUGAUGAACAAUUAGGGUUUUAAAAUAUUUUAUAAAUGUUGGGUAAUCGGUUUAAAAAAUUUAGUAAAGAAUCUAAUUUGGGGGUGCUAUCCCAUAAUUCUGUGCUGGUUCACAUUGCGUUGGCAGGGAAAAACAUGGGCACAGAAAUAGGACUGCGAUCUUUUCUAUGUUGUGUAACUGCAAUGAAAAACGUUCAAAUCCAAAAAUCUUUUUGGCAUGCCUUUCAUUUUAUUUUAGCUUUAUUUUCUAGUCGAUACAGUUAGAUAGCUUUUUGCAUUAAAUGCAUCUGGCAGUUAAAAACCUAAAAGAGGAGUGAAAUGCAUUUGUCAACGAUGUUUGAAAACUGACACGAUAUUUAGGACAAUAUGAGCAUACAGCACAUCAGGCAUCGUUUCUCUGUGUUGUACCAUCUAAAAUGUCCUCACUAUUCUGUAUAGCAUUAUUUAAAGGCAAAACACUGAACAUACUUGCGAGUUUGUUUGUUGAAAUACUAUAAAAAAUUGAAACUUUUGAAAGUUGCAGCCAAUUGCCAUACAGCUGUAUUCAUUAGUUUUAAGUAUGUUUUAUGUCACAUACAAAAAAUGUCCUGUUAAUUGGCAUUAAUGGUUAAAAGGAAUUGUAUUGGUGGGUCCAAUACGUGAAAUUCAGUAGCCUAUAUUUAGUUUUUGACAUUAGUGACUCUGAUACUGAUGACACUUCAAGAAAUCCAUAAUUGUUGAACUUUCUUGAACAUAAUAUAUGCAAUGACAAUGCUUGUGUGUGUUCAGGGUAUACAUUGCAUGCUCUUAAAUUCGGAACAGCAUCAAUGCAUAUAAUUUGUUGGAUAUCUCUUUGAUCUAUAAUGUUUCCAGUUUUUACUACAUUUUUGCACACAAGUUCCAAUUAUUGACAUUUGUUUUUUCAAUGGUGUUUCCAAGUAAUACUUCAUUUCUAUUACCUUUGCUUAUAACUUGUUGGUUUGGGGGGUGUGCGGGUUAACUUAUUUAGGUAAAACCUGUUCCAUUGGUGAAAGUGGCUCUCUGGAAGAAGCUUUAUGGAAACAUGUGAACAAGAUGAUGCUGUCAUUUGAAUAGCUUUUAUUCAAAUAAACUGAAGGAGUAGAGUAAACUAAUUCACUGAAGAAUUAUAUAGUUAGCUGUUGUAGGUACAGUAAGAGUAAAGGUGAGGUGUAUUUGUAAAGAUUUUAUGGUUAUGGAUAUGAUAGUCAUAGAUAUAGUUAAGAAUAAUGUAAUCCCCUUAACCCAACAAAAAUAAAUACUAUAAUAAUCUAGUUUACUUGGAGUUGAUUAUAACAGUACGUUUUGCAUUGCAAUUGCCUCAUUGGAUUUCAACUUUCUUUACUUCGUCAGUGUGAAACUAUACUUGUUUUCAUGACAACAAAUAAAGAAAAUUAUUUCCAAUGUACAAUUUCUAACAAUCCUUAUAAUUUCUUCAAACACCUUUGUUCUGAAUGGUAUGAUUAGAUGGAAAUUUUGUCGUGCUUUUAAAUUUAUAUUUAGCUUCAUUGAAUAUUUCUGCCGUUUUAAUGUUAAUUCUUCACAAAUGUAAAUUCUUCAAAUGAACUUGCAUUAAUGGGGCAGAAAGCCAAACUAUCCCUGCAGAUUGGAAGGAAACCUAAUUGGGCCAAAAAGUAGCCUAUGUUCACCUGCGCCUUGUCCGAAGUACAAGUUAUCAAAUUGGACUAACAUUAAUGCGUUUCUAAGUAGUUGGACAGAAAAGUGUCUUUUGUUGAAAACAAAAGUCAAAAAACCUUUCUAACAAUGUAGCCCUCGGAGCUGAAUAUUUAUCAACAAACCUUGACUUUGAGUGUAACACCGAGAUUUUACGCACGUGCGACUCCAAAGGUAGAGCAAAUCCUGAUGGAACCCACCCCACUCGAAACCACAAACUUAAACUUCAUCCUUUGUCCUCUCUCUGAUGGAAUGGAAUUAAUUGAGGAUAAAUUAUUUCAGGUAAGUGUGCGAACCUCGUUUUCUGAACAAUGUCGAUUGGUGUCAAAAGUGCGCAGCAUUUGAUUGAGAUACCGUGUUAGACUAUAGUGGUACAAAAAAAUACGAAUGAUUCAUUGAUUGAAGAAAAUGGUCUCUACCCUUUCCAGAUCGAAGAAGUUCAAAAUGUUGAUAAAUUAAAAACGCUUAAAUUUCAUUACAGAGGAUAUUUUUGAACAUACAAGUGUAAAGUAGUUCCAUUGUUCAAUGUCGAUGGUCAUUCUCUAAUUCGUAUGAUAUGGUCCAUUUUAACAUUGGUCAUUGCGUCAAUUUGAAAAAUUAUCACGCUGUUCUUUUGUCAACGACAACGUGAUCCUCCUAAUCAAAGCUAAAUUAAAAUCCAAUGCGUGAACGUUGAGUCUGAGGAGUGAGGGGAAAAUGUUAUGUGAUACGACAUGCACAGAUUUUUUGUAAACUUAGUUAAUAUCCAAAAAUCGCCAGCAGUGGGCAGUGAUGACAAACAUCCUAAAUAUUCAUAAUCUGCAUCCUCAUUCCCCACGCUCAGUUUUUAUGUAGUAGCUGUGUUCGUACGAUGAAAAUAAGAGCUCGGCAAGUUUUAAAUACAGCCAUUUACGCAAACAAAACUACAGGUUUAUUGAAACUAUAAACUAUGAGUCUAUAAUUAUAAACACAGUAAAAUUACAUAUGAAUAAAUUUAUGUUACUAUAUUACAAGUAACAAGGUAUUAAAUUACAGACAAAAAAAACGAAGUCAAAGAAAUGCCUGUGUAAUUGAGUAUUGUAAUCAAAAACUAAAAUAUUAAAGUAAUAUAAAGUUUCAUCCAGUUUUAAAUUAAACCAACACAACCUGCGAGGAAACGGUUAGGAACUUGGGGGUGGUAUAUUCAAGAACAACACUCGACAGCAUUUCUCGGUCGGGAUCUAGAAUUGCUGAAUAAUAUAAGAACGCAAUACUAUAAAGUUGACUAGGUUUACAUGUCUCCACUAUUUUCACAAAGUAUGCAGCGUUUGAAAAUGUUUCCUGAGGACGAGGUGUCAUUCAGAACUAAUUUAGUUAGGCGAAAAUCAUUUAAAUCGAUGCUGCUACUAUUUAGGCACAGUUCGAAUUCUUGGAAAAUAAAUUUCUAAGAAACAAUAGUUAUAAUAUCAUGGAAUCUCGUCGUCUGAUUUGAAUUAGCGAACUGUUUCGAGAACGCAUUACAAAUAGAGAAGGAAUGCAUACUACUAUAGUGAUAUAUUUGAAGACAAUAUUAAAAUUGCCAUGAUCCUACUGAGCGAAGAUACGUUUACACAUUCCGAUUCUCGGGAGAAUGGUUUGGAGGAGGGCGGUAAACAAAUUCUACGGUGAUGCGGGGCAUGAAAAUUCCCUCCCAGGAAAAUCUUCAAAUCUAGAAUCUCUGAAAUUGUUUUCGUGUUCUAAGGCUAAGGAAGAUUUGACAUUCAGAAAUGUCGACCAUAAGUUCCCAUAACUACCCACAACUGUUCCAGCCACGUGUAGAACGGGGAAUAACAAAUGGCAAUUUAACCCGAAGGCGAAGUGGGGGGGGGGGGCGGCUUACGCUGCUUAUGGAUCUAUUUCUGGUUUUGACGAAUGUUUAUGGCGAAUAUUCAAAUGACGUUUACCUCGUAUUUUCAUGGCAAUCGCAGUGUGUAAACCUAGGCUAAACUCUACAGGAUCGAAGGAUUGGCUGCUCGUGUUUUUGUCCAUCCUAACCGUCGGUUAUCUGUCAAAUCAGUUACUUCGACAUUGUAAAAUUACACUCCACUACACUGACAGUGUAAUUUUCCCGUAUUACGUAAUCCAUACCAUCAUAGGCUUGCAAUUGUUUCCUCGUCUUCCCAGCGAUGUCUACCACACCUAUUCAUUCCAAAAGGUCUCUGAGCGGCUCUCUUUCAUCUUGCUGUCUCGGCACGUGUCCGUACUAUCUCAAACUUAGUGCUUCCCGCAUCCUUACUGCUAUUGUACGUCUCGAUGUCUUCUGAUCUUUUCGUUCCACGGAAUAUGUGUCUGACAGCUCUCCGUUUCCUCUUACUAAUACAUAGUCAUAAUUUUCUGCCAUUUCUUCACAGGGUUCGUACGUCCCUCUUUAUUACGUGUUCAUAGCCAUAAUUUUCUGCCAUUUCUUCACAGGGUUCGUACGCCCCAUGGUUCCGUACGCCCCUCUUAUUACGUGUUCAUAGCCAUCAUUUUCUGUCAUUCGCAGGGUUCGCAUGCCCCAUGAAAAACCUGGAUUUUUAUUUUAGUCCUGAAAAUUCUUUGAAAAGUCUUCGAAUUUCAAAGGACCCCUGAAAAACCCUUCAAAACUACUAAACUUUUAAAGUUUGUUCGUUCACUGCAACCAGGUAUAUCAAUCAUGUUUCGCUCGCUACUCUGGUUUAAAUAAAUGAUUACAAAGCCCAGUUGAAUUGUAAUCGAGACCGAACGUUUCGACACUCCAGUCUAGUGUCUUCAUCAGGGGUGAUCUAAAAUUGCAAUCGUGGCUUCUUAAAUACCCAAGGGAUGACGUCACCUGCCAAUGAGAUACAUAUAUUCCUCUGGCAAAUAGGCACCGUCAUCCCUAUUACUAAACUUGUAUGUGAAAAUAUAUUAAGUAAACGUUCUUUUUGUCCCAAAACUUUUUGCGCAUACAAUAUGGUCUUCCUCACUACUUGACGGAGACAUAUAGUGAAAAACUGGUCGACAUAUUGGCAAAGUUACUUUUGUUAUAUUACAAAUACCCCUGGGAAAUUCCUGGAAAACGUUAGAAAAAAGUCAUUGAAAAUCCUGCCUCCUGAAUUUUUACAAUUUUGCUAUCUCACUUGUCGGACCAGUUUUCCUCUUCAUCUCUUAUUACGUGUCCAUACGAUCUCAGCGUUGCUUACAUUCAGCCAACUUCUGAUGAUCUAUUCAUUCCGUAAGCUUUCUGUUUGGUCUCAUCACCUCAUUCUGGUCUUUCUGCAAUUCCUGAUCUCUGCAUUUUGGCAGUUUUUGUCGAAACUCCUUGACCUUGACCUUGCAACGUUAUCGUCGGAUAAAAACAUUGUCUUCAAAGGUGUUCAAAAUUCCAUUUGUCUUUAUUUAAUUUGCAAUAUAUUUAAUUUAAUUUAUAAACUUUGCCGAUGAAACAUUACAUAACAGGACAAAAACAAACGUACAUAAUAAAAUACAGUACAUGACCACGGCUGGGUGACCGCAACAGCGAAUAGCCAAUACUGCAGGCCCGAAUAUAGUAUUCGGUCCUGCAAUGUAUACAAAUCCUCUUUUACAAACGUAGAAUGAGUCCUGUUAAUUGUAUUUAAAGAUUGCUUGUGUUCAGCUUGGGCCGGUUUUCCUAGCUGUAAAAUUAGUUGCCAUUUUGCAAUAGAAAUGCUCCAAGGAACACGUGCAUGCAUGUUAACAAAUCGAGAAAACGACGAAUUGAGAAACAUUGUACAUUAUAUAUAGAAGCAUGCAGGUCGAUAUCGUCAUGCCUGAUUUAUUUUUAUUUACCAAGAAACGAACACGGCCGGUGAUCCGCGGAUUUAAUCAAAUAUUUUCAUGAAACCUUGUUUUCAUUUCGACGAAACGACGGUUGAAGGCUGUGUGGGGAGAUUUUACGGGGUUGAGCAGCGCAAAAAUUGACACGGUUUAAGGUCCGGACGCGAUUCGACAACGCGACGCGAUUUUUUAGUUUUUCAAAGUUAAUAAAACAGCCAAGGAGAACAAAUUUUGAAAGAUAUGUAGACCAAAUAACUCGAAAUGUUAUACCGCUUCUAAAUAUUUGGAAAAUUUAAACUAGAAUCGUAGUUAUCGGUCAGUGAAAGUCGCGUCCAGUGUGUCUGGACCUUUAAUUUGACUUUUUUGUGUUUAUGUCUGUUGCCAAUACCGGCAUUGCUACGCCCAAUUCACAUUUUCUGAUGAUUCUGUAAUGUUUUUGUUUUUUACUUUAUUUCCUUAAAUUGUCGGCUGUUUCUUGCUUUUAAACUUGCCAAGGCCAUGCACGUGGCACUGGCACUGUUUUGAUAAUGAUACAUGGGUAACAAAUGGAACCAAGCGUUUAAAUUGUGCAAGUAAUUAAAUUGUGUGCAGUAAUGGGCAUAAACGCGCUAAAAUAAACAGGUUACAGCGCUGAGGUUUGCCUGUGAGUAUAUUAUAUCACAUUUUUCUGAUGAUGCAUGGUUACGAAAGAAGGCAAUUUAACUUUCAAAUAAAAUGUUUCACUGUUUAAUAAGCCGUGUGUGCUGGAUGAUUCCAGGUCCAGCUAUAGAUGAAAUUUUGAUCUAGACAAGAACAAAAUCCAUUACCAUAGCUGGAAAGAGCAUCUUAAAAUGAGUGAAAUUGCAAAGUUUGGUUGUGAAUUGUUGUAAAAUGAGGAAAAUAUAGCUCUGAGAGGUUCACAACUUUUGUAUAUAUUUGUAUUACGCGCGUGAAAAAUAACCAUUUUUGAGCCGAAAGUGGUUAUUUUUACCGCGCGUAAUACAAAUUAAAUACAAAAUUUGCGAACUUUACAGGGCUAUAUUUUCUUCAUUUUACAAAAUUUAGCAACCAAUCUUUGCAGUUUUCUCAUUCUAAGACGCUCUUUCUGGCUGUGGUGUUGGAUUUCGUUCUUCUUCCCUUGAUCAAAAUUUAGUCAUAGAGUAUAGCUGAAAUCACCCAUUGCAAUGUUUUGUGUUGCAGAAUCCCAGUAAAACACGCAGUUCAUUGUAACCUGUGCUGGCUGUGCAUGAUUGAACUAAUCACGUAUUCUAACUAACAACUAAUCCUGAAUCAGAAAUAAGACACCUCAGUUCAAAUAUUUUGAAAAAUAUCUGUAAUCUGGGCAUAUAGAAAGUAUAUAAUAUUUUUAGCAGACAGAAUAUUAACUUUGUUGUUCACUCUAAAACACCUUGGGCUUGGUUAAAAAUUUUCUGGUUAAUCCAAAAUUAACACUGCAGGUUAAUCACAAUUAAUAGAAUACAUGGUUUGGAGAUUCGAUGAAAGUACAAUAUAACUCGUGCAAGAAUUUGGGCCUAUCUCAUCACGUGUGUAUCCCGCACAACCAAUAGCAAUGUUUAAAUUGAGCAUUUGUUCAAGUUACGGAUAGAUAACUCAACCACGAACUUGUUAUUGGUUAUUUGAGCGAGAAUACAAUACACACGUGACGAGAUAGGACCAAAUUCUUGCAUAAAGCUGGACAAUAACAUAUAGUUAAUGAGUUAUAUUGUACUUUCACCGAGUCUCCAAACCAUCUAUUAAAAUAACUGUGGGUUAAUUUAACCAAAGUCCUGCUUAAUUUGAUCAUGGUCCUGGCUAAUUUAACCAGCAUUACUGGUUAAUAAUCCACCUAACAUAAUCUGGUUAAUUCAACCAUUUAGCCUGGUUAAAUUAGCCAGGAAUCCUGGUUAAAUUAGGCACAUCAAUUUAAGCAGGAACAUUAAGUUACCAGUGAGUUGAUUUUAGAUUAACCAGGAAAUUUUUAACCUGGGUGUUUUUAGAGAGUAGAAAUAUGACUAUAAUAUAAAUCUUCAUAUUUAGCUAAUCCUGGUUAAUUUAGGCACAUCAAUUUAAGCAGGAACAUUAAGUUACCAGUGAGUUGAUUUUAGAUUAACCAGGAAAUUUUAACCUGGGUGUUUUUAGAGAGUAGAAAUAUGACUAUAAUAUAAAUCUUCAUAUUUAGCUAAUCCUGGUUAAAUUAGGCACAUCAAUUUAAGCAGAAACAUUAAGUUACCAGUGAGUUGAUUUCAGAUUAACCAGUAAAUUUUAACCUGGGUGUUUUUAGAGUAUAGAAAUAUGACUAUAAAUCUUCAUAUUUAGCUACCUGCCAUUUAUGGUGCAUUCUGCAGCGAAGUCAAUACCCUACAAAAUUGAUUAUAUAUGAGUGAGCAAUCCCUUCGUGUCACCGACACUGAUAUCUAAAAUGCUCGUUAUUAUACUGACCUCGUUGUUUUAGAUGGGAAACCACUCUUCAGACUCAGAAGAAACUUUAACGAAUUUGGGACUCUAUUUCUUCUUCGAUCUGUUCUGGUCUCACUCCUUUUUCUAUUUGCUGCUUUUCUACUAAUCAUUUGAGUAUACAUGUUAUAUAUGUUUGUUAUUUAGUACCAAUUAGUAGAGCAUACGCCUCUCAAGGUGUUGUUACACAAGCGAUCUUUGCUGCAACCCACAACGCAAUUUCUGGUAUUGUGUCAUGUUAAACCUAAUCGCACUAAAGAUGAGAACCUGUCACGCAUUUCAUCCGCCGACUUAGCUUUCCUGUCGUAACAUAUUUAAAGGCAUGACAGAAAUGAUUGAAAAAUACCAGAAAGUGUGAAACAGCCCAUGCUUACUGACACACCAUUAAUACUUUUUAACAUAACUGCAUCACUAUAUCCAAAAUCGCGUUGCAAGUUGCAAAAAAAUGCCUGGUGUUAAAUGGCCUUUAACGUGAUUUUUUGUGGUAUAAUAUAAUGAUAUUGUAAAGCGAAAAUUCCUUAACUCCAGCAUUCUCAGAUAUACACAAAACGGAAUCCUCCACAUGUUAGACAGAAAUAGAAGAAUAAAAGCAAGACCAGAAAGAUUUCAAGAUACCAAAGAAAAUUUUGAUAUCGUUAUAACGGCUGAAGAAAGAGUGUAUGAUCAAGUCGUUGAAAGUAAGGGCUGUGGAUUGGUACUGUACUAUGAAGACAACGACAAUGCAUGUGCUGAUUUCCUUUGCGCAUGUUCUGCUCGUGAAAUAGUAGAAAUACAGUAAUCUAGGAGCAAACAGAAAAUGAAAGUUGGAGACGUCGAAAUGUCUUUUCCAUUACGCCAGACAUAAAACGUGCCCGAUCAUUCGCUGGAGUAACAUGCACGUUUGAUUUUUUUAUUCAAAUGUAUUAACUUUCUAUUUUUUCUUUCUUUUUUUUCCUCAAAAGGUUUAGAAAGUCGAGAACCAGUAACAUAUUCUCCAGUUCACGUAAUAAACAUCGACAUACAAGAUAACCACGAAGAAGCAACGUUAGGCGCCUUCCUUGUUUGCAAUCUUUGUGAACAGGUAUAUUUGGAGGUUUAUGGUUUCGUCGUCUUCAUGAUUUCGGUCUUUGAAAACAUGUACAAUUUCUGUUAACCCAUGAGUAUUUGCCUCGGCAAGUUCCCACCGUAAAUCUUUUUCCGUGUCCCACUUCUUUCUAUGAUCAUAUUCUAUGCUCAUAAUCUGCGCCUACCUUUCGAUAUCUUCCAUCUUGAUCUGGAAAAAACGGAUCUCGUGAUACUGGAUGCUUUGGAAUACUUCCCUUGUAGCAAUAGGAUUAAAGCAUGUACAUUCUGAAAUAUUCACACUAAUUAGGGGCAGUUCAUAUACGAGCGGACCAGCUGGGAUAAAUCGUGUUUGGAUGUUUAUCAAAGCCAUGAGAAGAGCUUUGCCUUUGGAGCUGGGAACUGGGAUGAUUCGUUUAAUUUAUGAACAGGCCCUCACUCUUGUUUCUUAUCUGUGAGACGUUUUUCAUAAUUUUAUUACCUUAUAUUUAAGCAUUAAAUUCUCUAUUGUCUUUACCAACUUUUAAAAGGCAUAUGACUCGAAAAUUGACGUUGUUAUAUUUUUUAGUCUAAUUUGAAAGAUCAUUGAAAACUGUAGAGUAACUUCUUUGAUAGAUUUAUGUUUUCUUGCUUCGUUUAAUACAGGUACUUCAUUUUGUAUGAUAUUUCGAAGGACCAACUUCCUACGUCACAUAUGCAUAAUGUUUAGCCUUAAAAAUCUUUAAUACGACUAAACACAAUCAGUAGAAAACCUACAUGGGUGUUGUUGUGGACAAAUCUCGUGCUCAUUCAUUUUGAGCGAAUUUAUUUGAUAGUGACAAAAUUAUAUAACAUUUUAAAGUAAGUCAUUAUGCAUGUGUGACGUAGAUAGUUGGUCCUUUGUAUAUCAUACAAAAUGAAAUAUCUCCAAAACGAAGCAAGAAUCUGUCAAAGAAGUUACUCUACCUAGUUUUCAAUGAUCUUUCAAAUUAGACUAAAAAAUAACAACGUCAAUUUUCGAGUCAUAUGCCCCUUUAAGCAACAUUUGAAAAUGCAACUUCUGAAUACACCCUUCCUACGUCAUUUGGCUAUAAAUCUUCGUUUUCGUGUAUGUGAGAUCAAUUAAAACCAAGCGUCUUAAUCAUGAAAACGAGGCUCUAGAGCCUAAAGAAUUUAUCCAUAUCUGUUUCCACGAUGUUCAGUCCGGUUUUUUCCUUGAUCAUGACCCCAGUCUUAUAAUAAUAAUUUCAUUCUUUCUUUUACUGUUUUCAACUGUUCAUUAUUUGUACGAUGUUCUUGCAAUGUGAUCAUUCAUUAAAUUGUAUAAAAAAUAUUUUAGAUCAGCAAAGCAGAAGACACGGAAGGUGAAAUCGACGAAAUUCUCGAAGCUUUAGAACGCAAACAAGGCAACCGAAAUAUUUUACACACUGUUGCGUUUUAUUAAAUUAUAUCUAGAUAAUUAUUUAUAAAAAUGAAUGAACCUAUCCAUGCCCUCCAUGCAUGGCUUUCACUAUUUUAAGGUUUUGCGUGAAAAUAGUGUGAGCCAUGUGGAACAGAAUUGAGCUUGCAGCAUGCGUGGACAAAUAAUUUUGGAAGUGAGGUUUAUAGCAUGAGAAAGCGGUUGGUUUGGGAAGAGAUAUACUACUAUACAUUUGACCCAUGAGCAUAUUUAUCCUAUGAAGUUUUGCCGGAUAUACUGUGGAUAAUAUUUUGUAAAUACAGUGUUAAAUAUAGACCAUUCAGAGGUUUCUCCAGCGCAAUUUUACAUAAAAUUUACGUUCGUUUUCCAUAUGAAAACUUUCGGCCAUCUUAAUGUAAGAUUAUUAGUUAAUAUGUAUAUAUAGGGGCGCUUUCCAUUAACACGGCCAGACCGGUCAAAACGGUCAAAUUGUUGAAUGAAACACAAAACAUUUGGGCUUCGGAUCUAUCUGACCGGAAAAUUUUGAUAACAUUAGAACGAGGUCCAUUUUCGCUAGAUAUUUGAGAAAAAUAGACCAGAUCUUUCCAUUGACACAGAGAAAAGAACUUGGGUUUCACCGGUCUGGCCGUUAAAUGGAAAGCGCCCUAGGUAUAGUCCUCUUUGAAUUAUCAUUGUAAUACGUAUGGUGUAUAUGUGCCCUUGUACUGCUAGUGUAUUGGAAAAAUUACCAAAAAGUAUGUUAUAUAGUGUACAUUUUGCAGAAAUCAGUUAAGAAUAUUUAUGAAAAGUGGUACUGACUUGUGUAUUGACCGAUUCGAAAACAAGCCCGCCACAAUUUUGCAUUAUUUUACAUUUUAUGCAGUACCAGAUUAAGCAAUUUUUACAGACUGCUAUUUAAGACAAACGCCUGUAUUCUAAAAGCUCAAUAUGCACUUACACUCGAAGAGUGGAGGUUCAAUCUGAGCUUCCCUUGAGUGUCAGUGAUGUUUUUGAAUAGCUGGAGGGUGUGUAGUCGUGUAGUAAGGUACGAGACUCAGGGUGUCCACAGGCCUUGGAAAUCCUGGAAAGUCCUUGAAUUGGGAAAAAAAAAUUUCCAGUUCUAGAUCCUUGAAUUUACUUAAGAAGGGCCUUGAAAGUCCUGGAAAAGUCCUUGAAUUUCACCUUCACCAAAGGGUGGACACCCUGGAGACUAACCCUCCAGCUCUUCAAAAACAGCACUGACACUCUCAAGGGAAGCCCAGAUUGAACCUCCACUUUUUAAUUGUGAGUGAGCUUUUAGCCAUACAGGCGAAAAAAGUUAAGAUUGAAAACAAUCCAUGCAAUCGAAAUUCUAAGCCUUGGAAAUGGAGACCAAAACGAGGCUAGUCAGGCUUGUUUGUUGAAUCGAGCAGAAACUCCAAUACAUUAAAGAUUUAAUUUCUCCAAAAGAGUACAUGGUAUUAUAUUUAAAUUUUAUAAAACUGAUAGUCUUAAAAGUUUUCAGUUCUAUCAGUUAUUAUAUAAGACGGCUGUGACUGUCCUUAGCUAGGCCUGCGUCACAGGCGCUCGUGGGCGGAUCACACACACACACAGACUAUGUCGUAGUCUAUGAUUACCUCUGUUGAAAUUAAUUUCGAGAGAAAAAACUGGCAACUAUUUUUUCGAAUCGGUGUAUAGGCUGUACCAUUUUGGGAACGGGUUUUGACUCUGUGGUUUGAAUCCUGGCCCUUAGGAGGUUUGCGGUGCAUGAUUUUGAACCGAGAUCACGGUGAUAGGCUUUUUUUAAAUAGUUAAAUUGAAAACGAAACAAAAAAAACAACGCAUAAAACGCCCCAAUUUUUUAAUUAUAUUCCCUCUUACUGCAUGGCAGAAUAUCAUUUCAAGAUAUGCAUGCCAUAUUAAAGAACAACGCCAUUUGUAAAUUUGAAUCCUCCGAAUAAUGCAUCUUGUAAGUUUAAGACUUGAGUUUAGGCUAAACCGAGGAAGAAAAUGCAUCGAUCAUACUCCGUGAUCUCUUCUCAAAAUUAAGGCUAUAUCUUAAUUGUAAAACUCCGAAGUUUCGUUGCAAAAUGUUGUAAAAUGCGGAUAAUAUAGCCUUGCGAAGUUUGCCGUUUUUCAGUCAUUUUGUAUUACAAAUGGGAAAUUGAUAAUCAGAUGAUCAAACUGAUUAUCAAUCUCCCAUUUGUAAUACCAAAUGACUGAAAAACGGCAAACUUCGCAAGGCUAUAUUAUACGCAUUUUACAACAUUUCGCAACGAAACUUCGGAAUAUUACUAAUUUUGUGAUGCUCUUUCAAGCUGUGAUGAGACUUUUGUCCAGACUUGUCUAGAUCAAAAUUUCACUUAAAAGGGGAAAGGUCUAUUGGCCUUGCCUUGGGCAAUGUCGAUACCAACCUCGUGUCGAUACACCCACCUUCACAAAUACAAAAUGAAGUAUCACGCAUCGGUUAAGCGCUGAGCCUGCGAUUUUGCCGGAAAUUUUAAAAGAAAUUUUUAAAACUUCCAUGGAAAUCAUAGAUGGAAAUUCCAUGCGGUACAAAAAUUUUAAAAACCAAAACCAAAGAUAGUUGAUUUUUUAAUACAAAAUGGAGCAAAUAUCGAGUGCUGAUGUCCGUGUACCUAGAGGGGGAGAUAAAGUUUAUAAAGAUCAAUGUGUGUAUUGUUUUCAAAGUCCUGUGAGUUGGCUACUAUAAAGCUAGUUUGUUAUUAAUUAACGCUGUCAAUUAUAUCAUUUAUAUAUUGUAUUUAUUAAUUGUCUCUAUACCAUAAACUUCACUUGUUAUAUGUUUAUUUACAAUCACAGAUAUUUAAAACGUAAAUGUAGUACUUUUAAGUUUUUCCUUAUAUUCACUUUAUACAACAGAACUAUAUAGAUAAAUUCUAUUUCAAUACUUGUCAGUAUACUACUUUGGAUUACUUUCACUUUAUUAUGCACUCGUACAAUGGCAUUUCAAAUAUCAUGACUCCUCACAACAUUCUUUGAAAAAUGCAUGCGGGAUGUACAAGUGCGUAAAAACCUUAAUCAUCUUACCAGCAUGGACAUUUACACACUGAGGUAAAAGAAAAAGUUAACAUUUAACCCAUCAAGUGGCAGCACUCUUCCCUUGACAAGUAAAAUCGUCCAGAUGGCAUUAGACGGAGUGAAACAAGUUGGGUGCGUCAGGGCGCAUUGCCACUUAAAGGGUUAAUGAAAAUACACACAUUUUCACGUCAAAAUGAGUGGAAUAUGUUCUAUGAUAAGGGGAUCUUUAUUUAUGCCAGUGAUAUGCCUGCACAAUGGCUGCAGACAUGAUAUCCAUAAUGAUUUCUUUGUUGCCGCAGGCAGUUGCGCUGGUGAUAUCCUAAACCAGGUCCUAAAAUAUUCUGUUUGGAUCUGGAAAAGCAUGCCAUAGAUCUUAUAGUACAAGAUAUGAUAAGAUCCUAUAAACUAGCUCUCUUUAAAAAAAGAGUUUCACCUUUUGUUGAAGUUUAUACAUUUCAAGUAUGCGGUUGCUUUGUCAGCUACAAACAUCAGGGCUCAUUGUCUGAGAGAAGACUGCAUGAAAUAUUGAAAUGCCAAUAAGUUUGCUCUUAACCAAUUGAGUGGCAGCACUCUCCUCCUGACAAGUAAAAUUGUCUGGCAUUAGACAGAGUAAAAUAAUAAAGUAGAGUGCAUUUGGGCACAUUGCCACUUAAAAGGUUAAUUAGUGCCUCUUAUUAGCUAUAUGCAGGCUAAUGUCAUACAGUUUAGUUUGUGAUAAUAAAGUAUAAUAAAUCCAAGCUGAAUUUAAUUUAUCAAUUAUGACCUAUUUAGAAAUUUGAUGGUGGCCUAUAUAUUUGUCUGAAUUCUUUCCUUGGAUUUUGUUCAAACCAUGUCAAACUGUAUUGUGACAAAACAGGCAGAAGAAUCUAUUUACAUUAUAAACAAUUAUUUAAGGCAA